AUGCAGAUCGUGAUCGCCAUCCCUACCAAGCUGCUACCCGCCAGUUCACUCGACACGAGCUUGAAAGCCCAUCAGCUUCUCGUCGCCGUCGAGAGCACCAUCUCCUCAGGACUCCACAUCGCACCUCUCGCCGCUCGCCACACUUCAGCAAUCGUCGUGAUACACCCUGGUAUACUAGUCCCAGCCAUCGUGUUCGCCUUGAAACUCUUUAUCCUGAUGAUCCCCUCACCACACUUUAUCGCAACACUUCCCCUGCUGUUCGGUUUACCAUUGACAACACCCCAACCCGUGCUCCUCGGGCCCCUCCUUCUGAUGAAGAGGGUCUUCCUCGUGAUGACACCAACACUGAUGCUUAGAAUUUAG